AAGGGUUUAGUUGUAACUUAGACACCACCAAUUUUAGCUUUCUUCUCUCUAUCUCACCUCUCUUGAGUUGGUUCAAACUCAUACACCAUUCUCUAAAACUUGUUUACCUUAUGAAAAUGGAUGUUUGCCAAAAUGUAUCAAUUUCUGGUGACUGCAAACAAGAGAAACUCCUCAACCCUUCAAGUAGUCUUGACGACCUCUUUUCAGCUCAAAACAUGGAAGUGAAUGUUGAAAUGGAGUGGCUUUCAGUGUUUGUUGAAGACUGUUUCUCAAGCCCACAAAGCUGUGUCUUGUUACCCUCAAAUGCUCAAAACACAGCAACUACUACCAUUUCAUCAAACCCUUCAAACACAACAAACAAACCAAAGCAACAAAAUGAGUCACCUUUUGCAGUUCCAGGCAAAGCAAGAAGCAAAAGGAAGAGACUUUCAGCUCCAAGAAGACCAAAAGACCCUUUGAGCAUUUUAUCAAACACCUUAAACCCACAAAAUGAGUCACUAUGUUAUGACCCUCCUCUUCUAAAACAAACCUAUUGGUUAGCUGACAGUGAACUCAUUGUACCUAAAGUAGACAUUGACACAGAGGUUGUUGAAAAGGAAGUUCUCAAAAAGGAAAGGUUUGAUUUUGAGGGCUUUGAGGCUGAAAAUGAUGUUAACAAUGGACAAAAUCCAGUUCUUCCAACAAGAAGAUGCACUCAUUGUUUGUCACAGAGGACACCACAAUGGAGGGCAGGACCAUUAGGACCAAAGACAUUGUGCAAUGCUUGUGGUGUGAGGUACAAAUCUGGGAGGUUGUUACCAGAGUAUAGGCCUGCUAAGAGUCCAACUUUUGUGAGCUAUUUGCAUUCUAAUUCACAUAAGAAAGUCAUGGAGAUGAGGAUGAAUGUUGUGUCUUCUAUUCCUAGUGAGUAGUUUUUGGUUUAGUAUUGUUAUACAUUUUUAUGUAAAUCAAAGUUUAGUUUUCAUUUUAGGUGAAAUUUUAAUUAUUUGGUAUUAGAGAUAGUAUUUAGAUGAGGGAUUAGUGCUAUGAUUAUUGGAACAUCGGUUAAUUUAUAUAUGGGUUAAUUUCUUGUUUCAAACUA